AUGAAGAUACACAUCACAGGUCAGUCAAAUCUGAAUACGAUACUUAUAUGUUUGAGCUUCGUGCUGGCACAAGCCAAAACAGAGAACAAGAAAAGGGAAGCCUCUGCAUCCUACUCCAUUCCAACACGGCACACUUACUCCGAGUACCACAAUAGGGUCCCGAUCCCAAUUCCCCAUCCGUUCCCAGUCAGUGUUCCUAGACCUGUACCAGUAAGUGUCCCAGUUGGAGUACCAGUCGACAAUCCACGACCCGUCCCAGUGGCUGUACCUCAACCGGUGGCACAAAUAAUUCCUAGACCGGUAGCAGUACCGAUCAACCGUCCAGUACCAUUGCCAGUGUCCCAGCCCGUUCCUGUCACUGUUACACAGGGAGUUGGUAUUCCAGUGCCUCAACCUUACGUGGUCAGUGUACCAGCUGCAAUUCCAGUCAGAGUGCCACAGCCGAUUCCAGUACCGGUUGCCGUUCAAGCAGUUGGUGGAUACGGCGCUAUUGGUUCCGGUGCAUCAAUUGGUGGUAUCGGUUCUGGCUCGUCAAUCAGUGGAAUUGGGUCCAGCGUUUAUAGUGGUGGAUAUGGGUCCAGCGUUUAUAGUGGUGGAUAUGGGUCCAUAGGUGUGCCUGUAGCUUCAAAAAUCGUUUCACCAGUUUCAAUAGCUCAUCCAUAUAUUUCUUCUGGAUCUGUUCUUUCAUCUGGUUAUGGCGGUGGUCAUUUAUCAGGAGGCCAUGGUGUUUAUGGCCAUGGUGUUUAUGGCCAUGGACAUUGA